CUGUACCUUGGGGUGAGAUUCUAGAAUGCCGGCGGUGUCACUCAAAUUCCUAGAACUGAGCCUCUACUUUAGUCAAUCCUCUUUGAUUUAAACGCUGGAUGUACAUUUUCGUUGUUUCUCGUUAUCAACCAAAAUAAACACAAGCACAAUGAAACGAUCACUUUUUAUCACGCCUAUCUAAAUUUCAUUCCCCAUUCAUGCAUUAAACAUGAAUUUAAAAAAAAUAUGGAAGAAAUAUACAUCCGCAAUUUCUUGAUGUAUCUCGAGAUAAGAGUUCACUCGGUUCCUCAUCAUCAUCAAAGAGAAAAAAAAAAUAUUCCAAGCACCUCUCUUCAAUUAUCCCUCCACCGGCUUCAACUUCAACCGUUCAUUCGUUAUUUCGUUUUAUCCUUUUUUUUUCUUCCCCCGUACAAAACUUGGAAAAGCGGAAAUGUAAUGGGUUUGCGUCACAAUCAAAGGCACCGCCGGUGAGUUUAUUUAUUAAUAGGAGAAGACCGAAAGAUGUUGGGGAGUGGCAUGCAGAAGGAGAGAGAAAAUAAGGACAGGAGAAUUUUUGUGGGAGGAAUAGCAGAGGGAAGUGACUCUGAAGAGUUAUUAUCGGGGGGCGUUGGUACGCCCUGCAACAGCUCACCACUGCCAGCAGCCGCUGCACCUCUUCUCGUAACACCGGAAACACCACCAGUAACAGCUAACACUCCAGUAUUGACACCACAAGUUCAAGUUAAUCAUGAUGAGCAACAGCAGACGCUGCCCAACACCACGAGGCAGCUCAGUUUUGAGGAGUUUGAGUGUGACGUAUCCGUGGCAGAGGGUAAUCGUCGUCGUCAGGAAUUCUCCUUUACCCUGUACGACUUCGAUGGUCACGGGAAGAUAACAAAAGAUGACAUUGCUGGACUUGUUACGACUAUUUACGACACCCUAGGUGCAUCGAUUCAGGUACCACCUUGUGGCAGUAAAACCAUCAAGGUCAAGCUAACAGUAUCACCGGACAAAGGUACUGGCCAGGGUGUCACUAACAAUUCAACAAAUGCAAAAUCACCCAAUCUACCCUCUAGUACACCAUGCUGCCAUGUCAAGACUGUCAGUGCGUGCAGUCACGCAACGCACGCAAAUCGCAGACUUCCGAGAAGGAGGCGAGUGCCUCGUAAUCGGGCUGAGCCUGAACGUGUGAUGGAGUCACACAGUGAGGAGGACGCUGAUAAUGUACCACCUCCCCUCAACACAACGAAGCAGGAGGAAUUGAGAAAACGAGUUGGACCAGUACCUCAUUUUCCAUCGCCUUACUCAAACAGUUCCGAGGGUGAUGUAAGCGACGACAGUGAUGCAUCACCAACAAUUACACCUUUAACGCCGUUAGUUAAUAAUCAUCGUAAACGCUCAGGGUCAAUGCAGAGACAACAGUUACUUGAGAUUAUACAGGCCAAUAUGGAGAAGAAUAAUCUCAGUUUCCACGCAUCCAGGAAACGACAUCAAACAGAUCAUCUCCGAGUGCCCCUGGACCGCUCCUACACGGACCCAUCGUCCCCCUACAACCAGAGAAAUCGUCCACCUUCAGCCCAACGUACACCAACGGCCUAUCAUAAACCAGUGCGAGAGUAUUCCCAUCACUCCACAUCUCUUCCAAAGCUCACCACCAAAUCUCGUGGGAAUCUUCGAAAAACGAGAAACCAGCAGAACACGACACCCCAGAGGAAUGUGGCUCCCACACCAGGGAAAUCCCUGAGGAAUAAUCUACAAUCGAGUCCAGUGGUGAACCUCAACAUCCUGAAUACCCAGGAGACCCAGAACAAUCAGGCAAAUGUCAUGAAUAAUCAGAAGAACGAUGGGGAGUUUUUGAUACAGGGGAAGAGCAGUAAAAAACACCAACUGAAACAUGCCACCCGGGAGCAGGAUCAGGCUAGGGCCAUGGCACAGGUCGUGCGUUGGCUAGAGAGGGAAUUCUCACAGACUGCUGCUGCCAGCACUGCUGGUGGCAAAAGACAUGUUCACGAGCACAUUCAUCAUCAUUAUCACCAUUAUCAUGCUGAGGCACUCGUUUAAUUAUUCAUUUAACGAGAUGGUGAAGAAGAGUUGAUAGAGAAGUGGAUUAGGUGAGGAAUUUUGUCAAAUAGAAAAAAAAAUUCUUGCGACAUUUUUACGAUAAUCCACACGUUAACGAGAUAAUCGAGACAAUUAUGAAGUUUCCACUUCUCUACUGAAUUAAUUACUGUUGAUUCGUCAACAGUGAUUCUUCUGUUCUUACGGAAUUGGGAGAUGACAGUUCAGAAUUUUUUUUUACGUAUUCUCUUCUCUAAUUUUUGAGUUUUUGUGGGAAAAAAAAUACUUUACUCUCUGUUUAGUCAUUUGCAGGACAAAUAAAAAAUUAAUUUUAGAGUUUUGUAAUAGGAAAAAAGUUUCACUCUCCCAAUUUCAUAUUAUUGAAUUUAUAGACUGACUGAGAGGGCCUACGAACCAGGAGUACAUGAUAAUUCUUCCCCAAAAGACUUCAUUAAUAAUUUUUUGAAUCAUAUAGGAUUAAAAUGACAAAAAUCAAUAAAUAAAAAAUAUUCGUAAGGUCUUCCUUGCCCUCAAUCGUCCCCCUCGCGACAAUAUUUUUGUACGUAGCCUCACGAUAAACAAAAAGAAACAAAACAGAGUAUUAAUAAAUCUAUUUAGUAAUAAAUCCUCCACUAAUUACCCUAAGUAAGUUAAUUAAACACAUAAUUAUUAAGAGCCCGGGAAAGUGGAUGAUAAUACCGAUGAUGAAAAAUAGGGGAUAUUUAAAUAAAGAAAACCUCCCAAUUCUACUUUUCCAUUUAACAAAACAGCAGAAGAAAACUGUUAAAACCCCCAGCUUGUUGAAAAGUAAAAUAAAUGGGAGAUGUAAUUUUGUAUUGGAAAAAAACUUUGUAACCGAUGUAGAUAUUUUUUAUCAUGUAACUCGACCUUUUUUUUCUAUUGAUAUUUAUUAAAACACUUUUUUUAUACUGUAUACUAUUGCGUUGUCAAUCAAUCAAUCCUUACAAUCAAUUAAUUACCUCUUUGAUAAAUCAAUCCCUCAAUCUUCUCAUUUUUCCCCUCAAUUUUUUCCCAAUCUGCUGAAUAAUUUCUCUCAUCAAUUAUCUCCUAAGUUUAUACAAUUAGUUCCACGUGACUGUGUGUCUGGGGGACCAAUACAAUGUGCAAAUAUAAUCGAUAUUUUUUUAAUCAGUAUCCAACCCAUUUUUUUGUAAUUACCUUUACUUAAUUCACUAUUAUAAUUAUAUUUUGUAUUUUUUUUUAUUAUAUUAUCAGACGCAACUCCAGAUCCAUGUGCCAACUGUAUCAACAAAGCACAUGCUCAUUUUUUGGGCUUUUUAAAUUAUUUUUCAUUAAUUACUGGGAUCUUUAUCCAAAUUCUCAUUGAUUUUUUAAUUUUUUUUCGGGGCUUUAUUCAACUAUAUUGCAUGUGCUUUUAAUACAAAUCCCUUAUAAGCAUUCAUUUCAGUUAAAAAAGAAGUUCAAGUGUUAUGUAAGCUAUUAUACACGCUUAUUAUUAAUUAAGUUUUGUUCAUUAAUGAAAAUAUGGUGAUGACGAAAUUGCGGCAGUCGAGUUAGAGGUUUUGGAUGAUAAUCACGGAAUCAGGGGAGGAAUGGGCAAGAGGGCCAUUUUCGUUGAAUAAUUGAGAAAAUCCCUGAUCUCAUACACUAGCUUUGAACUCACUUUUGAUACUCGACUGCAUGUUAAAUAAUAAUCGAUUACAAUCGAAUUGCUCUUUAAUUCAAGCGAAAUUCUUGGUUCCAAUACAAUAAUCAAAUACAAAGCAUCGGGCUAAA